ACUGCCAGCUGUUGCGAUAUAAACAAAAAACUGUUCUUGUAAAUUUUAUUUUUAUUGCUAAAAACACCUUAAUUGAAUGAGAAAAUGCUACUGGCACCAGCUACUCAAUCUCUGCCCACUCUGCACCAGCCGCUCCACUCGAAAGUAUCCAAUUACCUCAACAAUCAGCGGCGCACUGGCCAGUUCUGUGAUUUGCUGCUAGAAUUGGACUCGGACUGUUCGGAUGCGGAUUGUUGCCUGAGCGUGCACUUUUGUGUUCUGGCCGCCCAGAGUCAGCUCAUUGGCCAAAAGCAGCAGCAGUUCUCCAUACACAAUCCCCUGAAGAUAACCAUCCGCAAUUUCGCCUGCACCCAAUGCCUGCACACAAUUGUAGACUUUUUCUACGAGGACAUUGUAUCCGUUUCGAAGGAGCAUGAGGAACAUUUCCGGGAGCUGGCUAAAAUAUUGGCUGUGACAGAGCUCUUAAACUUGUACCAGAUGCAGCCCGUGGACGAGGCAAGAGACACAUGCGAGGCUCUGACACCCGGAGAGGCUGAGGUAAACCUGGAGCCAACAAAGAAACCCGAAGAUCUAUUUGAGAAUCAACAGAGCUUCUUCAAGCUGAAGAAUCCCCGUGCCGUAAAAUCCAGCAGCAAGGUGAACUAUUGUAUUGGCUGCGACUUCAAAUGCUACCAAGUGCAGAAGAUGAUUGAGCACAUGAGCAGCUGUGAACCCUCGCAUCUAACCUGUUCCCUGUGCGAGGUGGGCUUCCUGGACUGGCGGGAGUAUGACCGUCAUCUGCGCCGCCACUCUGGAAAUCUGCGCAAGCCCUUCUUUUGCCUACAGUGCGGCAUUCACUUUACCACCAGAGCUGCUCUGCUGGUGCACCAGCCCAAGCACUCUACGGAAACGCCGCACAUCUGUCCGCACUGUGGCAAGGGCUUCAAGUGGAAGCAGGGUCUCAGCAAUCACAUUCUAGUCCACAAUCCGGAGAAGCAAAUGCUCUGCGAUGUGUGCGGCUAUAGCACCACCCACAUGAAGGCUCUCAAGUCCCACAAACUGCUUCACACGGGCGAAUUCUUCGCCUGCACCGUAUCGGGCUGUAACCAUCGGGCUAACCGCAAGGAGAACUUGAAGCUACACAUAGAAACGCACAAGCAGGGGCGGGACUUUAUUUGCGAAAUAUGCGGCUGCAAGUUUAGCCAGAGCAAGAAUCUCAAGCGGCACGCGCUCAAGCACACGGCGAACGGGCUGAAUCGCUACAAAUGCCAGCUGUGCGGCUUUAGCAGUCAUCGAUCCGACAAGAUGAAGGAGCAUGUGCAGCGUGUGCACACCGAGAAAGCUGUACAACUGGAACUGUCCGAAUCAGUGGAUAGUUCAUUUGAGAACAAAAUGCCGGAUGACUUCGACCUCCCCAUGAUCGAAGACACUCUACCGCCGGCCAAAAAGAAGCAAAGAGAACCCAAAAGUUCGCGCAAGCACGCACUUGAAGGCACUCCAACAAGCGAAAAGCGCCUGAAAACUCUGCUCCCCAAAGAAAGUGACAAAUAGGAUAGACCCUUUGGAAUUUGGAAAGUCGUUAAACCGAUUGAUCAUAUAUUGUGGAAGCUCGUGACUCUACAAUGUAGAGUCCAUUACAAUGUAAGGGGAAUGCUUUCUUAUCGAGGAAUGUGAUAACGAUUCCGUUCUAUUGCGUCGUUUCUCUCGAAACAGGUGGAACUUUCCGGCUCUCUGGCUAACUCAAGUGACUAAUGAACCAUAACCAGAGCAAUAGUUGACAGUGUGUACAAUCUUAUCAGACCGAAGGAGGGAGCUGAGUUGUACGUAACAAGUGUUUUUAAUACAAAAACAAUUAGACCAAAACCAAUUAAAAGCUUUAUUUCAAAAAUAAACAAAAAUGGAUUGAAGUGUGAGGGAACUGGGUCAGCGGAUCGGGUUCUGACAAGCCCACUUCUAUAUGUAGAUAUGUGCGUACGAUCACGUUUCCCUUUCAAAGUCAAAAAUGGUAUUUCAAAUGUAACGGAACAAUUCUGAUGAUGAUGCAAUUUGAAUGCACCACCCUCGGGGUCAUGUGAGGGCGGGCCAAGGUGGGUGGCAAGCGUUAAGUUUAUAUAACAACCGCCUGUUCUUCCCUGCCUGCCCCUCCAGUUGUUUGAGAACGUGUGUAUUAUGAGAAAAUUCUAAAAUAAUUUAAAUAAAUGUACAAGGCAAAGAAAAUAUGUUUGGCGCUGUGUGUGCUUUUAUUUUUUUUGUUUACGCGCACUUUGUUAAGUUAAUAUAACAACAAAAAUUAAAUUGCGCAGUUGUUGAAAAAGAGAGCAAGAGAGUAAAAUGGUGCUGCCAUAAAGUUGGUGAAUAUGUUGAGGACUUGGAAAAGCUAAAAUAUGCCUUGUAUCACCAAAAACGACAGAUAUCUUAAGAGAUCUUAAAUGUAGACUACUUUCUGAAUCAAACCUAUUCAAUUAUAGUAAAUAUAUGGAUUUUUUGAGCUCACGAAAACACAUUUGAAGCAGACAGUCUGGCCACUCCACGUGAGAGCAGUUCACAUUCUCUCCCUGUCAGCUUUGAAAGCUCUUGUCUUGGAGUAUAUAAAGGUCUGAUAUAGAAGUGAAAAUUUCAAUACGUUCUGCAGCGAAGGGGAAAAAAGUGAAAAAUUCGUCCAUAGUUGCAGCCAAAAGGCCACAGCAAAGAAAGAAAAAGCAAAAACCAAGCAAACGCAUUAUAUUGCAGCUCGUUUUAGUCAAAUUUAAAUAAAACGCCAACAACCAUGUC